AUGACUACCGAAUCAAUCACCUCGGUAGAGGAAAAUAUAAGUAUCAAGGCGGCUCCUACGAAUACAGAGUCAGAAUCUGCUAGUCAGACCUCAUCAACGGACAACGGGGCCAAUUCUCCUAGCACACCUAUCGGACCUAUCGUGGGAGGUGUCAUAGGAGGCUUGGCUCUUAUUGCAUUCAUUGGGUUUGGCUUGUGGUUUGUUUUUCGCAAGAAUCAUAAUCGCGGCACAGACACCAGCGUCUACACGCCAGCAAACUACCAUUCUCCCUCGCAAUCUUUGCCGAGUUAUGGUUAUAUCAACCAUACAUCUCCUGAUCCUCAGUACAACCACCCGCCCAUGUCUUCAACACCUAGGGAUACAUCUCAGAAUUUUAGCAACUUGCCACAUGUGUCCUCAGCAUUCAGAGCUCCCAUCAACACCAGGCCGCCCAAGAACACUUGA